CGCAAACCCAACGAAGAAGAAGCAGCACAUGACGUCAUGGUGACGUCAGUGCGCCGCUAAACCCGGAAGAGAGGAAGAAGCUCGAGUGGAGACACAUAAACAAACAAAUCGAGGAGCUGAAAACCAUCAGAUUAAACCAGCAGAGCGUAUAAAAGCGCAGCGGACAUCAACAUGGACGACACACUCUUCCAGCUGAAGUUCACGUCCAAGCAGCUGGAGCGACUGGCCAAGAAGGCAGAGAAGGACUCCAGAGCCGAGCAAGCUAAAGUGAAGAAGGCGCUCCAGCAGAAGAACGUGGAGUGUGCGCGUGUGUACGCAGAGAAUGCCAUUCGCAAGAAGAACGAGGGUCUGAACUGGCUGCGCAUGGCGUCUCGCGUGGACGCCGUGGCCUCGAAGGUCCAGACGGCCGUGACCAUGAAGGGGGUGGCGAAGAACAUGACGCAGGUGACUAAGGCUCUGGACAAGGCUCUGAGCUCCAUGGACCUGCAGAAGGUGUCGGCCGUCAUGGACAAGUUUGAGACGCAGGUGCAGAACCUGGACGUGCACACCUCGGUGAUGGAGGACUCCAUGAGCUCUGCCACCACGCUGACCACGCCGCAGGAGCAGGUGGACGAUCUGAUCCUGCAGAUCGCGGAGGAGAGCGGCCUGGAGGUGCAGGACCAGCUCAGUCAGCUGCCCGCCGGAGCCUCGGCGCUGGGAGAGACCUCAGUGCACUCGCAGGAGAGGGAGGACCAGCUCUCCAGACGGUUGGCAGCUUUACGUAACUGAUGGCGUUCAAACUUUUCCUGCGUGGAGGACUUUAUCAGAUUUUUAUAACCUGCUCCAUUUAUGAACAUUAUCUCCCACACUUUACGAUGAACACAAGCACUCUUUAUUUCUGUGUCUCUAUCAUCAAACGUGACUGUGUCUGUGGAAAGAGCACAAGUCCUGUCUCCUCUUUAUGUCUGGAAGAGAAAGCUCAGGAAGCUGGUUUCUGCUCUACGGUUGAGAAGUUUGUGGUGUAGUGUGUGUACAGCACACGUGUGUGAUUAGGUGCUUCUUGUGUUCAGUGCCUCAGGAGUCUAUGAAUCCACACACACACACACACACACACACACACUAUAGUGUAAUGGAGAUCAGCUCGGUGUAGGUUUAGAUCACUCUCUGCAGGUGGUUUUCUUGUGUGCAUUUAUCAUGUAAAUAAAUCAAAUAAUUCUGAUAUUAGCUCUGACACAGAUCUUGUUUGGCAUAUUCCAGUGCCUUCUCAUUCUCAGGCAUCCUAGCCGGUUAAAUAACGUUUGAGAUGAUGUUCAUCUCUGUGAAGGCUGUCGGUGACACUGCUCUGUCAUCACAGCACAACAGCACCGUUUACACAGGGGAUGGCAUACAGUGAUCUUAGAUGACUGAGAAGCUGAAAUCAGAGAGUGUUUUAUUUGGGAUAUGCCUCUUCUAGUUAUUCAUGCGGUAAAUAACUAGAUGUUAGAAAUUGUCCACUACACAUACAUGUUUUAUUACUGUUACUGUAUGUUUAUUGAAUGCAAGUACAUAAUAAAUUUUCUGAUCUUUCAUCUGAA